AUGGCGCCCGGCGAAUCCUCGAGACCGUCAUCGCAUCGACCGCGGGACUCGGAGGGCAGGAAGCACAAGAAACGACGAUCCCAUGACCAGCGACCGAGACGACCAGCGACGGACUCGGGGGAGAGCAGGGAUGAGAGGAGAUCGCAGGGUCUCUCGGUCAAUGCGCUAGAUCAAUUGAAUCAAGAGAACACGAGGAGACACAAGAGAAGGGAAUCCGAUGCGGACAGACCACGAGACCCAGCAAGAGACGCAGAGCGGCAGAGGCUGAGGGAGGAGAGACGAGAAAGACGGGCGCGUCGCGCAGAGCGAGCAGAGCGUGCAGGACGAGCAGAGCGUGCGGAGUACAGCGAUGCUCCAAGGGAAAGGGAUCCGCCGAGGGAGAAGCCCAAAAGAGUGAACAGAGACGAGUACCGCGAUGCGCCGUACGAGAAACCGCGGAAGGACCACAAGAGCAAGAAGAGGAGAGUAGUGAGCGGCGCCGUCAUGGAAGAGGGCAGAUCGCGUGGGCUUAAAGGCAGCGGGCUGAGAGGCGGCGGAUGGGGCAGCUCCGACAGCAACAGCAUCGAGAAAGAGUACCUGGUCGAUGACCCCCCGAAGCCGGUCAAGAAUCGCAAGAAGCUCUGGAUCUGCGCCGGAGUCUCCGUGGUGCUCCUCAUCAUCAUCAUCGUGGUGGCAGUGGUGGUCAGCAAGAACAACGCCAACAAGAGCGACUCGAAGACGGUCGAUCUCAACGGCGAGGACAAGAACAGCAUCCCGAUGAAGUGGCGCGGGACUUACCUCGACCCGUGGUCCUGGGCCGACACGACGGACUUCAACGUGACCUUCACCGACGAGAUGGUCGGCGACCUCCCCGUCAUGGGUCUCUACACCGACUGGGACGACUCGAAGCGCGCAAACGACAAGGUGCCGAAGCUGAGCGACAGCUGGGGGUCGUACGGGUCCAGGCCCGCGCGCGGGGUCAACGUCGGCGGGUGGCUGAACCUCGAGCCCUUCAUCACGCCCUCGCUCUUCGACUACGACUCCCGCCUGGGCAUCAUCGACGAGUACACCCUCUGCAAGCACCUCGGCGCCAGGAAGACGGCCGAAGUCCUCGAGGACCACUACAAGAACUUCGUCACGGAGGACACGUUCAAGCAGAUCGCCGACGCCGGGCUCGACCACGUGCGCAUCCCGUUCAACUACUGGCUCAUCGAGGUCUACGACGGCGACCCGUACCUGUUCCGCACCGGCUGGCGCUACCUCCUCCGCGGCAUCGAGUACUGCCGCAAGUACGGCCUCCGGGUGAACCUCGACGUCCACGGCGUCCCCGGCAGCCAGAAUGGAUGGAACCACUCCGGGCGCCAGGGGGCCAUCGGCUGGCUCAACGGCACGGACGGCGCGACCAACGCGCAGCGCAGCCUCGACAUGCACGACCGGCUGUCCAAGUUCUUCGCGCAGGACCGGUACAAGAACAUCGUGGCCUUCUACGGCCUCGUCAACGAGCCCAAGAUGACGGAGCUGAGCGUGACGGACGUCAUCUCGUGGACGGAGCAGGCCUACAAGCUGGUCAAGCAGAACGGCAUCAAGGCCGUCGUCGUCUUCGGCGACGGGUUCAUGGGGCUGGGCAACUGGCAGGGCCGGCUGACGGGGUACAGCGACCUCGCGCUCGACGUGCACCAGUACGUCAUCUUCAACACGGACCAGAUCGUGUACACGCACAAGAAGAAGGUCGAGUACGCGUGCGACGGGUGGACGGAGCAGACGGUGCAGUCGAUGGACACGUCGACGGGGUACGGGCCGACGCUCUUCGCCGAGUGGUCGCAGGCGGACACGGACUGCGCCAAGUACGUGACCAACGUCGGCUGGGGCAACCGGUGGACGGGCACGUACGACACGGGCAACGCGUCGACGUCGAUCCUCACGCCGCGGUGCCCGACGCAGGACUCCAAGUGCGACUGCGGCGCGGCCAACGGCGACGCCAAGGGGUUCAGCAGCGACUACAAGAAGUUCCUGCAGAUGUUCGCCGAGGCGCAGAUGCACUCGUUCGAGAAGGGGUGGGGGUGGUGGUACUGGACGUGGGACACGGAGAGCUCGCCGUUGUGGAGCUACAAGAAGGGCCUCGAGGCCGGCAUCCUGCCCGCCAAGGCCUACGACCGGGACUUUGACUGCGACAGCACCGUGCCGUCUUUCGACAGCCUGCCCGAGUACUACCGGAUGUAG